AUGCAUGACGCCUUUGAGCCGGUCCUGAUCCUGGAGAAGCUGCCGCUGCAGAUAGAGUGUUUGGCAGCCUGGGAGGAGUGGCUACUUGUUGGAACUAAGCAGGGUCAUCUGCUGCUUUACAGAGUCAAAAAAGAACAAGGUUGUAACCAGUUUGAAGUAACUUUGGAGAAAUCAAACAAGAACUUUGCUAAGAAAAUUCAACAGAUUCAUGUUGUUCCUCAAUUUAAGAUCCUGGUCAGCUUGCUUGAUAACAAUGUGUGUGUCCAUGACUUGCUCACCUUCCAGCUUAUGACUACUAUUUCAAAAGCUAAGGGUGCUUCACUAAUAUCAUGUGAUCUCCAGAUCACUAAAUCGGGAGAAGAGACUCUGAAGAUGUGUGUGGCUGUCCGUAGAAAAUUACAGCUAUAUUACUGGAAGGACAGAUCAUUCAUUGAACUUCAGGGAGACUUCAGUGUUCCUGAUGUUCCCAAAUCCAUGGCAUGGUGCGAAAACUCCAUUUGUGUGGGGUUCAAGAGGGAUUAUUAUUUAAUCAGGGUAGAUGGGAAAGGCUCUAUUAAGGAGCUGUUCCCAACAGGUAAGCAGCUUGAACCAUUGGCAGUACCUCUGGGCGAUGGAAAGGUUGCAGUGGGUCAAGAUGAUCUCACAGUGGUGCUAAAUGAGGAGGGAACCUGCACUCCAAAGUGUGCCUUGAAUUGGACAGAUAUCCCAAUGGCAAUGGAGCAUCAGCCUCCAUAUAUUAUUGCGGUCUUGCCAAGGUACGUGGAAGUUCGGACAUCUGAACCUCGUCUGUUGGUGCAGAGUAUUGAACUUCAGCGACCCCGCUUCAUUUCAUCUGGAGGACCAAACAUUGUAUAUGUGGCUAGCAACCACUUUGUCUGGAGAUUGGUCCCUGUUUCAAUUGCUACGCAGAUACAGCAGCUACUCCAGGAUAAGCAGUUUGAGCUUGCGCUGCAGCUAGCGAGGAUGAAAGAUGAUGCAAACGGUGAGAAGCGGCAGCAGAUCCAUCACAUUCAGAACCUCUAUGCCUUCAACCUAUUUUGCCAGAAGCGCUUUGAUGAUUCUAUGCAAGUAUUUGCCAAACUUGGCACUGAUCCUACGCAUGUUAUUGGGAUGUAUCCAGAUCUUCUACCUUCUGAUUACAAAAAACAACUCCAGUACCCCAAUCCUGUACCCUUACUGUCAGGGGCAGAACUAGAGAAAGCCAAUUUGGCGCUCAUAGAUUACUUGACCCAGAAAAGAAGUCACCUGGUAAAGAAGCUGAAUGAUACUGAUCACCACUCUACCACCUCUCCACUUAUGGAAGGGACUCCAACCAUCAAAUCAAAGAAGAAACUUCUCCAGAUUAUAGACACCACUUUGCUCAAAUGUUACUUGCAUACAAAUGUGGCUUUGGUGGCUCCUCUUCUCCGGUUGGAACAUAAUCAUUGCCAUGUGGAAGAGAGUGAACAUGUCCUGAAAAAGGCACACAAGUACAGUGAGCUGAUCAUCCUUUAUGAGAAGAAAGGGCUACAUGAAAAAGCUCUUGCAGUUCUUGUUGACCAGUCAAAGAAAGCAAAUUCUCCAUUGAAGGGCCAUGAAAGGACAGUCCAGUACCUGCAGCGGUUGGGAUCAGAAAAACUUUCUUUGAUAUUUGAAUACUGUGUAUGGGUGCUGAGGGAUUAUCCUGAAGAUGGCUUGAAGAUCUUCACAGAAGACCUCCCAGAAGUUGAAUGUCUUCCCCGUAAUCAUGUGCUGGAAUUUCUUUUGGAAAACUUCAGACAUCUAGCAGUUCCAUACUUGGAACAUAUCAUCCUGAUAUGGGAAGAUAAAGGCCCUGAAUUUCACAACUGUUUGAUCAAGCUAUAUUGUGAGAAAGUGCAGACGUUGAUGCAAGCAAUAGGCCCUGAUUUUAAUGAAGGAGUCACACGUACAAUUCCUGCAGGCUCAGAGGAUGGGGACCUCGGAGAAUACCGUGGAAAACUGCUAAAUUUUCUGGAAAUCUCAGACUGUUACCAGCCUGAAAGGCUUAUCAGUGAUUUCCCAUUUGAUGGAUUGUUAGAAGAACGUGCGCUGCUUCUGGGCCGAAUGGGCAAACAUGAACAGGCUUUGUUCAUAUAUGUGCACAUUUUGAGGGACACCAGUAUGGCUGAGCAGUAUUGCCAUAAACACUAUGACCGUGCCAAGGAAGGCAGUAAGGACGUGUAUUUGUCCCUUAUCAGGAUGUACCUCUCUCCACCUGAUGUUCACUGUCUUGGUCCUAUCAAAAUAAAGCUGGAAGAACCAAAAGCUAAUAUUGCUGCUGCACUGACUGUUUUGGAGCAGCAUCAUGCAAAACUAAACACAACCAAGGCCAUAGAUUUGUUACCAGCCAACACACAAAUCAGAGAGAUCCAGAUCUUCCUGGAAAAAGUACUGGAGGAGAAUGCAGAGAGGAGGCGCUUCAACCAAGUCCUCAAAAAUCUCCUACAUGCGGAGUUCUUACGAGUACAAGAGGAGAGAAUUUCCCAUCAACAAGUGAAAUGUGUAAUCACAGAGGAGAAGAUAUGUAGUGUGUGUAAGAAAAAAAUUGGAAACAGUGCUUUUGCUCGCUAUCCUAAUGGUGUUGUUGUCCACUAUUUCUGUGCAAAGGAUACCAGCUCUGUCGACACCUGA